GUCUCACUUCGUAUCGCAUAAAAUGGAAAAAUAAUCAUAAAUAAAAAUAAGCAAUUCGAGACAGUUUAAACAACAUAAACGCGACGCACACGCAUACACACACACACUAAUGCGCAUUUACGUACAAGGAAGCAUAACGUUUACGUUGAACUGCGGCAAGCGAGCUGUGCGAAACCCAAACGAAACACAACAAAAACAACAUCAUCUGGAGGCAAUAUAAAUAGGAGCUGAGUUGCCAUGUCAGCUCCACUCAUACGAAAUGUACCGUAUUUAAAGCAGCAGCUAACCGCAUUGCUGCGCAACACAUCUCCGGUGAUAACGCUCAUCUGUCUGGUGACCACCUUCGGCUAUUUGCUAUCCUUUUCGGAAACGGCCAUCCUGCUGUUGAGCGUGACGCCUGGCUAUAUUUUGCCAAAUGGCAAAUUUUGGAUAUGGACCGCAUUCACGUUCUGCUUCAUCGAGCUGCACUGGUGGGAGGUCAUCGUCGACGUGGUCACCGUCGGGCUGUGCGGCAAAAUGCUGGAACCGCUUUGGGGACAAUUCGAAAUGUUCAAGUUCUUUGCGCUCAGCAACUUUGGCGUCUCGCUGCUAACGACCAUCUAUUAUCUGUUCUAUUAUAUGGUUACCAAGAAUCCAACCAUAUUGUUUGACGUGCACAUCCAUGGCCUGGCCGGCUAUGUCGCUGGAAUUUGCGUGGCCGUACGACAGAUUAUGCCCGAUCACCUAAUCUUCAAGACGCGCUACGGACGUCUAACCAAUCGCAAUGUCCCUCUGACGGUGCUAGUUUCUGCUAUUAUUGGCUGGGCUAUUGGCAUGCUGGACGGCACGUAUCCGGCCAUGUUUGCCUCCGGUGCUAUAGUCUCCUGGAUCUAUUUGCGUUUCUAUCAGCAUCAUCCGAACGGACGUGGUGAUAGCUCGGAGAGCUUCACCUUCGUCAGCUUCUUCCCGAAUGUAAUGCAGCCGUUCAUCAGCGUUCUGGUAAAUCCCAUUUACAAUUGUUGUUUGCGUGCGGGCGUGGUUAAGACGCCGACGCCGCUGCGAACGAUAUCGACGGCUAGCCUGACUUCGGUCUCUGUGCAGAUGCCCGGCGUGGAUCCGCAUGAUAUUGAGCGCAGGCGACAAAUUGCGCUAAAGGCUCUUAGCGAACGACUAAAGGCCACCGACUCAACGCGACAUGCACAGCUGCCGAAGUCGUUUCCUCAGCAGCAGCAGCAACAUCACCAGCAGCAGCAGCACAAGCAUCACAGCCACAAUCAUGGUGCCGGGCACAGUCAUAGCCAUGCGGCUGGGCAUGGUCACAGUCACAGUCACAGUCCCAGCGCUGGGCACAGUCAUAGCCAUGCGGCUGGAGCGGCGCAGGCACCGCAGCCCGAUUUCGUAAAGCCUGCGGCACAGCAAUUGCCGAUUACAACGGCGCGUGCCGAGCCGCGAAUGAUCAGCACGAUGAGCCCCAUUGCAAUACCUAUGCCGGCGCCGCCGCCCAAGGAUGAGCAGCCGCCGGCAGCGGCUACGCUUAUCGAUUUGGAUGAUGGGUCAAACUAGACAGUUUAUAUUUUAACAUAAAUGAAUUUUUUGGAUAUUGAAA